AUGGGGCUGCUGGACUCAGAGCCCGGCAGCGUCCUGAACGCAGUGUCCACGGCGUUCAACGACACCGUGGAGUUCUACCGCUGGACCUGGUCCAUUGCAGAUAAACGUGUAGAAGACUGGCCGCUGAUGCAGUCUCCAUGGCCAACACUAAGCAUAAGCACACUCUAUCUCCUGUUCGUGUGGCUGGGGCCGAAGUGGAUGAAAGACCGAGAGCCGUUUCAAAUGCGCUUAGUGCUCAUAAUCUAUAAUUUUGGCAUGGUUUUGCUUAACCUUUUCAUCUUCAGAGAGCUAUUCAUGGGAUCAUACAACGCAGGAUACAGCUAUAUUUGCCAGUCAGUGGAUUAUUCUAAUGACGUUAAUGAAGUCAGGAUAGCUGCUGCCUUGUGGUGGUACUUUGUAUCGAAAGGAGUCGAGUAUUUGGACACAGUGUUUUUUAUCCUGAGGAAGAAAAACAACCAGGUGUCUUUCCUUCACGUGUACCAUCACUGCACCAUGUUCACACUGUGGUGGAUUGGAAUCAAGUGGGUGGCAGGAGGCCAAGCAUUUUUCGGGGCCCAGAUGAAUUCUUUCAUCCAUGUGAUCAUGUACUCCUACUAUGGGCUGACUGCAUUCGGCCCCUGGAUCCAGAAAUACCUUUGGUGGAAGCGGUACCUGACCAUGCUGCAGCUGGUUCAGUUCCAUGUGACCAUUGGGCACACAGCACUGUCUCUCUACACCGACUGCCCCUUCCCCAAGUGGAUGCACUGGGCUCUGAUCGCCUAUGCCAUCAGCUUCAUCUUCCUCUUCCUCAACUUCUACACUCGGACAUACAAUGAGCCCAAGAAGUCAAAAACCGGAAAGACGGCCACGAAUGGCAUCUCAGCGAACGGUGUGAACAAGUCAGAGAAGCAGCUUGUGUUAGAAAACGGGAAACCCCAGAAGAACGGGAAGCCAAAAGGAGAGUAAAUCGAACUGGGCCUUAACCGGUGACAGUGAGGAAACUCCUGUGUCAUUUAAAAGUUCAGGGGCAACAGAAGCAGAGGAUCUGGGGUGGGGAGAAAGGCAGAUAGGGUCUGUGCACCUUCAGACUGAGUAAACCUUUCAAUAUACGGUUCCUAGAUGUUUUAUUUAUGAAGUUUUUAUUUUAAACAUUUUUUUAUUAGCCUUCAUGUUGUCCAGACCAAAGCAAUCCCAACGUGACCUUGGAGCCUCUCCUCCUGUUCGCUCACCUGUGCAGUGGGUGGAAAUUUCACCUAUCUUCCAUUUACUCUUUCCUCAGUCUGAAUUUUAGAUGAUCACAGAACACAGUUUUAUGAAAAAAAUUUUUUUUCCCUAAAUCACUAGUUUCCUACUGGUUGCAAAUCAGUUACCUGACAUUUUCUUGUUCAGAGACAGAACAAGAAAAUACAUUCGAAUUUGGAUCCAUUUACUAAC